UUUUUUUUGACUGAUCAAGAUACUUAUAUGCUCCUUUGAUUCUAGUUGCCCAUAUUCUUUCUCUGAUUAAUUUUGUUGAUACUCGUUCACUUUUGACAUAAUUAACUGAAAAGUUAAAAAGAUUGAAUUUUGGUGAUUUUCCUUUGAUGGGUUUUGCUUGAAUUGGGCUUUGCAGCAGUAGCUAGCUUUUCAUGAGAUGGAAUUUUGAAGAAAUUAUUGGAUUCAAAUAUGGGAGAUGCUAGUGCUCAAAGACCUGGGAGCUCACUGGAGAGAGCCGUGUCAUGUUCUUCAGUCGAUUUCGAUCUCAUGGAUGAGAUGUUAUCAGGAGAUUGCUGGUUCCAAACAAACACCCCUUCGCUUGAUACACAAGAAAAUGAAACCCCAGAACAGGGCUCUGAUCAAAAACUCUACUUGUUGAUUCAACCAAGAAGCCCAACUCCUCCUCUAAAAGAUAGACUGAUCCAUGCACUGAGACGCAUUAAGGAAGCUCAAAGAGACAGUGAUGUCCUUGUUCAAAUUUGGGUUCCAAUUCGUACGGAAGGCAAACACUUUCUCUCAACCUUUGGCCAGCCAUUUUGGCUCGACACGAACUGUCAGAGUUUAGUGAGUUAUAGAGCAGCAUCAGCAGGCUACCAGUUCUCAGCCGAAGAGAACUCGAACGAGGCUUUAGGAUUGCCUGGCCGAGUUUUUUUAGGCAAAGUUCCUGAAUGGACACCAGAUGUUCGAUACUUUAGCAGCUUCGAGUUUCCUCGAGUUGAUCAUGCUCAAACGUGUAAUGUUCGUGGGACCAUCGCGAUACCUGUUUUUGAGAGAGAUAGUCGAUCGUGCCUCGGAGUUGUGGAGGUUGUUCUGACUAUGCAGAAGAUUAACUAUAGUUCGGAUAUUGAGAGUAUUUGCAGUGCUCUUCAGGCAGUGGAUCUUCGAACUUCCGAUGUUCUCAGUGUUCCCCGAUUAAAGGUGAGUGAGAAUUCGUACCAAGCAGCUUUACCGGAGAUCCAAGCAGUACUAAAAGCUGUAUGCGACACUCAUAGUCUUCCACUAGCCCAAACAUGGAUCAAAUGCAUUCAGCAAAAUAAACAAGGAAGCCGACACUCCAACGAAAACUAUAAAGACUGUGUAUCGCCUGUUGUUUCUGCUUGUUACGUGAAUGAUCUUUCGAUGUUGAGCUUUCAUGAAGCUUGCGCUGAGCACCACUUACUCAUAGGUCAAGGUGUUGUUGGCAAAGCUUUUACGACGAAUCAACCGUGUUUCUAUCCGAACGUGACUGAUUUCAUCAAGACACAGUACCCUCUCUCUCAUCAUGCUAAACUGUUCGAUUUAAGGGCAGCAGUGGCUAUUCGACUUCGAAGCGUUCACACUGGAAGAGCUGACUUUGUGCUGGAGUUUUUCUUGCCUGUGGAUUGCGUCGAGAGCGAAGAACAGAAACUGAUGCUUAAUUCGUUGUCUAUCACGAUACAGAAGGUUUGCAAGAGUUUGAGAGUUGUAACCGACAAGGAGCUCGAAAGUGAGGCUAUGUUAACUGAUUCAGUUGCGACUUCUUCUAUACCUUUGGAAUUUAGCAAGGAGAUCAAAGAAUUCAGUGUCGCUACUAACUGGGACGCAUCAGAGGCUGGACAUUUACAAAGAACUGAUGAUCAAAAGGAUUCUUUUUGUGGUGAUGCUUGGUUUCCACAAUCCGGAAAGACAACUGAAAAGAGGCGUGCAAAGGCGGAAAAAACUGUCAGCUUGCAAGUUCUUCGGCAAUAUUUUUCUGGUAGCCUGAAAGAUGCUGCAAAAAGCCUUGGAGUAUGCCCGACUACCCUGAAAAGGAUAUGCAGACAGCACGGGAUAAGUCGUUGGCCUUCAAGAAAAAUUAAGAAAGUCGGCCACUCUCUAAAGAAACUCCAAGUUGUUAUCGAUUCAGUCCAGGGUGCUGAAGGGACUUUUCAGUUUAGUUCUGUAUACGAAGAUUUCGCGAAAAUUUCGAGGCCCGAUAAAUUGUUAUCAGGAAAGCAGACCGAUCAUCCAGAAUCAUCAAACACGCUUCAGAACCAAGACGCCAGGUUUAGUUCUCAGACUUCUUCAUCGAACUCCCUCUCCUGCUCUUCUUGCUCCCACAGUUCCAACUCGAAUUUGGGGGUUCAUGCCCCUAAACCUGGUAUAAAACAAGAAGCGCCCCAAGAUGAGAACCAGAUAGCCAAGCUUAAGAGAGAAAAUAGUGAGGUAAAGUUGCAGGUCUCGGCUCGAGACCCACCAAGAACUCUGGUUCAAUCGCAAAAGAGAUCAGACGUGCUCAAGGUCAAGGCAGCGUUUGGUGAAGAAAACAUCCGGUUCAGGCUGAAGCCUUCUUGGGGAUUCCACGAACUAAAGCAAGAGGUAUUGAAGAUGUUUAACAUAGAUGACCUAUGUUCUGUGGGUCUCAAGUACUUAGACGACGAUUCUGAGUGGGUCCUGUUAACAUGUGAUGCUGAUCUUCAAGAAUGCAUCGAUGUGUAUAAAUCAUCUAGUUGUGGUACUAUCAAGAUGUCUGUGCAUCGUGUUGCAGCUCGCAUGGCCUUGUUAAGCUUCGCACAACUGCACUAGAAGGGCGGCCUGGUGCACGAAGCUUCAGCUGUUUGCUGGGUUCGGGAACGGUCGGAUCACUUUAGUUCUAUUGUACGCAGCAUUACCUUGCAUUUUUUACAAAAGUCUGUUCUCAUGACUCAAACACGUGACCUCCUGGUCACAUCUUACUAUUUUGUAAGGUAACUCUUCCCACUACACUCGACAAUAAUGACUGCAUUGAUAGACAGGUGACUGCACUGAUAGUGGCUAUACUGAUAUGUCAUGUAUCGCCCUCUCCUUUUUAUAUGAUAUUCUACAAAGUGUAUUGAAACGUCUAAAUUCGUGAGUUAAUGCAAUUGUUGUGUUCUUUGUCUUGUUUUUCCUAUUGUUUGCAUGUAUAACUCUUCGUUUUCAAGUUUUACUUAUUAACGAGCGAAUUUUCCAUCUUUUACUUAGAGAAAAUGAGCAAAUAUGAAAGAAAAAAAAUUAUAGACUAAAACAAACAUAUUGCGUAACACCAAAGCCUUCCUUUCUUAUGUAACUCACACCGCAAACAU